CCCACAGUGUGGAUCUGAAGCUGAAGCGGGAACUCCACCUUGAGGCAGAAUGAGGUUCACCCCUGGAGCUCUGCUUCUUACGCUGCUGGCCUUCAGCCUCUCUCCUGUCCACGGUGUUCUGGAGACCAAUAACACAAACUUAAAGUGUAAAUGCAUUGGAAAGAUUUACAACUAUUUCCCCAUUCAGCUCAUUGAAAGACUUCAAAUCAUCCCCCGUGGGCGUGGAUGUCCAAACACAGAAAUCAUAGUCUGGAUGAACAAAAAGCCAGUUAUCUGCUUGAACCCUCAAGCCAAAAGGACACAAACACUAGUGAAAUUGUUAAGCAAACAUAUUUUGUCAACUUCACCAGCUCCACUGGUUAAGAAAAGGAGUGCCUGAUGCCAAUAUUCCCAUCAAGGACACCUGUGUUCCCUCAUCAUUCCUGCUCUGGGUUUUAGUUUUGUGUUUGGUUGAAUCUUUUCCAGAAAAAGAUCAUCCUCAUCUGCUUUAUUUUAAAAAUACGGUACCCUACAAACUCAGAAUUUGGAGGAGUCAUUAAGGAGGAGUUUCUUUAAGGCUAGUUCCUUCAUUAUAAAUGAUAAAGGUUACUUUCAAUACUAUACCUGUUGUUGAAUGCUGAAUUUUCCUACAAAACAAGUGGCUUGAAUUAAGGAGGAAAUGAUGGAAUGCAUUUCAAUCAUUUUAUACCCUAAGAAUAGCAAGCCUCCAUAAGAGAUUUAAAAAGCUGCCUGGGAAACCCAUGGAAUUUUAGCCUUACAAGGAACAGAGAGUUCACAUAAUAGACAUCCUUCAUUUAAAAGCUCACUAUUGAGAGAAAAAAGGUCCUUCUACUUUUAAAGAGUUUCUUUAUAAGAUUUACUCUCACAGAUAAAGCUUAAGAACACUUAAAGACCCCCAGACUUAAAUUCAUAAAAUUUUCAGGAAAAGCAUUUAAAGGAUGAUAUUUAGAUGUAUUCUUUCAUGCAUUUACAUGUAUUCUUUCAUUCUUUCAUGCAAGUUCAUCAAAGUUCAAUGCAUGAACUUUCAUGAACUUUUUUUUAAAAUCACAUCUUUUGCACAGACUUUUUUUCCUUUUUCUUUUGGUCUUUGGAGUUCAAUUCUUUAAUGCUUUCUAUUAAUCUAAUGCUGUUCAAUAAACUUAAGCAAAUGUUUCAUUUAA